CUCCGAAGCUACUGGAUACAUUUUUUAAUGUAUUCCUACAGCUCUAUUAGCGUUUCACACUCCAGCCCAGCAGGUGGCGGUAAUGCACCUUAGGUUGGCUUGCAAACCGCUAAUAAACAUCAAAAGAAGAAGAAGACGCAGCAGCUACUGCAUAUAUCCGAGGAGGUAAAGGAGCCUCGCAGUUAUAGUGUACAAGAAAAACAGCUCCUAAGAUUAAAGUCUCUAUCAACAACAAAAAAAUAUUGUCCACCAUUGUGCGAUGAAGUGUUGUAACGAUUAGCAAGGUUGUUUUGGGCAUCUUGGGCGAGGAGGUUCGACUUUGAAGCUCAUAAGUUUAUAGCAUUAAUGCUAACGUUAGCGCAAUACUGUUAGCCUAGCGUGCUGUGUUAAUGUUGCGGCUCUCGGCAUUUACAUUUCCGUUGCCAACCUACGAACACUGCCGUUGGUAGUUUUGUACUGUGGUUUAUUAAGAUUCAUUUUAAGUUGCGCUUAGAUGAUUUCUGUUAUCUUACACACAAAGCUAACUGGAUGUAGUUAAUAUGUUCGUAUGCUAGUUCACAUUUGAUAACGUUGCCGAGACAGCCAGCAACUUAGGCUGGGGAGUUUCGUCUAGCUAAACACAACGGCAUUGCCGCCCACAAGCAACCUCUGCUACGAAAACAACUCAGCCUGCAGUCACGUUUGAAAUGGAGACACACAUAUCGUGCCUUUUCCCGGAGAUCCUGGCUAUUAUUUUCAGUUAUCUGGACAUUAAAGACAAAGGAAGAGUAGCCCAAGUGUGCGCGGCCUGGAGAGACGCGUCCUACCACAAGUCUGUGUGGAGGGGGGUGGAAGCCAAGCUUCAUCUGCGGCGAGCUAAUCCAUCUCUGUUCCCCAGUCUACAGACCAGGGGGAUCAAAAAAGUUCAGAUUCUCAGCCUGAGGCGAAGUCUGAGCUAUGUGAUUCAAGGGAUGCCGCAUAUCGAAAGUCUUAACCUGUGUGGAUGUUUCAACCUCACAGACAACGGACUUGGGCAUGCUUUUGUGCAGGACAUCCCCUCCCUGCGGGUGCUGAACCUCAGCCUUUGUAAACAGAUCACAGACUCCAGUCUGGGCAGGAUUGCCCAGUACCUCAAAAACCUGGAGGUGCUUGAACUUGGGGGAUGUAGCAACAUCACAAACACAGGCCUGCUACUCAUUGCCUGGGGCUUGCACAGACUUAGGAGCCUUAACCUGCGCAGCUGCAGGCACGUAUCCGAUGUGGGCAUAGGUCACCUGUCUGGCAUGACCCGCAGUGCUGCAGAGGGCUGCCUGUCUCUGGAGAAGUUAACCUUGCAGGACUGCCAGAAGCUGACUGACCUUUCUCUCAAACAUGUUUCAAAAGGCCUAAACAAGCUGAAAGUGCUCAACCUCAGCUUCUGUGGUGGAAUAUCAGAUGCAGGGAUGAUCCACCUGUCGCAUAUGACCCACCUGUGCAGUCUAAACCUACGCUCAUGUGAUAACAUCAGUGAUACAGGAAUAAUGCAUCUGGCCAUGGGCUCCCUCCAGCUGUCUGGGCUUGAUGUUUCCUUCUGUGAUAAGAUCGGGGACCAGAGCCUGGCAUACAUUGCCCAGGGAUUGUAUCAGCUCAAGUCCCUCUCUCUGUGUUCCUGCCAUAUCAGUGAUGAUGGCAUUAACAGGAUGGUACGCCAGAUGCACGAACUCAAGACUCUCAACAUUGGGCAGUGUGUGAGAAUCACUGACAAAGGGUUGGAGUUGAUAGCUGACAACCUGACCCAGCUGACAGAGAUUGAUCUGUAUGGUUGUACUAGGAUCACCAAGAGGGGUCUGGAAAGGAUAACACAGCUCCCGUGCCUUAAAGUGUUAAAUCUGGGACUGUGGCAGAUGACUGAGAGUGAGAGGGUGAGGUGAAAUCUGUUUAAUAUACACGUGUGUGAUUGUAUAUACAGUAAUGUUCAGUGGUGUACUGAGAGGCACUGCCUGUAUCCAUAGUUAAUUUUAACUUCUAUACUGUGACUAAAAACAAGGAGAGGAACUCAGCAGUGAUCACUGGAAUAAUAUUCACCUCUGCUGUAAUAUUCUACUCCUACUUUCAGUUUUGUGCUCUGAUGUACAUUGUUUAGACUCAGCCUGUGUACACUUCUUUAUCUAUCUACCUCACUCAUCAAACACAGGAGUGCCUACUAUCGCUGAAUACUGGACUACAAUGCAUACUUUUGUGACUCACAACAAGUGGAGAUUUUUAUAUUUAAUAACGAUCUCAUUGAGUAACAAUAAAUAGGCAAUUAAAUUCUUACCAGAGGCCGGACUACCUUGGAUCAAAGUUUUGAUAGAAUGGUUUUUGGCUCAUGUGUUUGUUUACUUGUGUAACCAAUAUUUUUUGUAUUGAAUGACUGUUCGCAAAGUUGUACUUCAAAUUGAAGUGGGUGGAUCACUCCUGUCUCUCUUUGUUUACCUAUGUAUAGUUGGAUACUAAAUAUUCCUGAGGAAAUAAGUAUGUAUUAGAUGUCCCAAUAUGCUACUUUGUCAAAUGUUUGUCAUCACAACUGCAGCAAGGCAUAGUAAUUAACAUUUGCCAAUGCUAUAUGCAAUACCUUAAACUUUUCUUCAGUGCUUUUUCUCCUGUGGAUCUUCCAUUGAUUGUAUUUUUAAAAAAUAUGUAAUUUAAGAUUGCUUUAUAUUCAUACGGUAGUGAUAUUUAUAAAUAAAGAUAGCAAAAUGUGUUUAA